ACAAGAUUUGAUUUUUUUUUGUAUAUAUACAGAUAAUAUUAUUAUUACGUGUGUCAACACUUGGGCACAUUUUUUUAAUACAUCAAGAACCUCAAUAGCAACAACAACAACAUCGACGGCAAAGUGCUGUCUAAAAACAGAACUAUCCUUUAAAUUUUAGUAUUACCUUAUUUUUUUUUGUAUACUUAUAGUUUUAUGCAUCAAUUUGCGCUUUACCUUCUGCGACAAACUUCACCGAUCGUGGUGUAUCCAAAAAUAGGCACUUUGUGUACCACCUAUCGGCAUUUCAUCCAAGGUGGACCACCACCGGGGAAUCGGAAAAAGCUUUAUCGGGUCUAUGCCUCCUCACAUGAGGACGAAAUGAAGGAACGGCAUCGUUUGAAAAUGCUUGAAAUUGAGGCCUAUUACGCCCAACAGCCCAAUAAGCCCGCACCAUUGCCUGAGAAUGCUUUUAUUAAAGGUCAAUUUGGAAUGCGACGACGGAUUCAUCGGAGUCGUGACGAAGAAUAUGACCCCUCCGCAGUAAAUGAGGCGAUAGAUAUUGGCAAUAACGCCAUGCGGAAAUGA